ACGAGUGUUUAUGGUAUAUCACCGGUGCAACCUCGUCAGUUGUCCGGAAGCAAACGUCUAUCAGCAAUUCAAACACUCCAACAGUAACUUAACACUGCAAACUAAGCGUGGUUAGUGAGUUUUGUAGCCAUGUCGUUCGAACUCGCUUUUGGUUCUCGUGUUGCCUCCAUUAUGGAAGCUUUGACAGAAAAAGCCGUGCAAGACAUCUGUCAACUUAUGGGAGAAACGUAUGCUGCUCUUCGAGUGGAAAUGUUGCAAGAACAAAAUCAAAGUUCGAUAAAGUUACAGUCGAUUGCAAAUAACAUCGAGAAGGAGAAGCCAGCGAACUGCAUGGAGAUCAUUCAAAAACCAGCUUCCCCAACAGGUUUGAGAGACUUCCCAGUCGUGGAGCAAAUCCUCAAUGAACAAGAGGCCAAUGGUCUUUGGCUAGAAGGUCACCUUACUGUUGAAGACGAAGGUCCACUGUCACUGGUACCAGAGGAAGAACAGCCAUCACAGGCUUUUGGUCAGAUGACAGACAUGGGGGUGGAGACAUGGCCUGCACCACCUGUCAUAAAACAGGAGGAAAUGGAUGAUGACGACAUGGAGUCUCAAGGUUAUGGCAAGGAUAUUCAAGACACUCACAAGGCCAACCAGAAUAUUACAGGAGAAAGUGAUGAGGAAGAGAGAAGUCAAGCCUCUGGGGGAUCCAGAGAACUUGGACUCGAUGACUUCAAGAGAGAACAGAUUCCAUUGCUGGUGUCAGCUGAGGAUGCUCCGGCACCCACGAAGAAGAAAUGUAAUAAAAGGUACAGCUGUGAAAUAUGUGGAAAGACCGAGAGAAGAAAACGCAGAAUGACAAGUCACAUGAUAACACACACAGGGCUGCCCUUUAGCUGUGAUAUCUGUGGUGAGAAAUUCAAGUUUCAGAAUUAUUUGAACAGACACCAGCGAUCCAAACACACAGUGAAAACCUACAGUUGCUCUGUGUGUGAAAAAACCUUCCGGCAGGCCACAUCUCGCGACAGGCAUGAGCGUGGUCACGCUGGAAAAAACUAUUGGUGCUCAAACUGUGGUGAGAUGUUCAGGGAGCGCGGGGAUCGUGACGCGCACGAGUGCAUUGAUUACAAAGGAGAACGUCCCUUCAGCUGUUCCGAGUGCAGUGAAGCUUUUCAAAGGCAGUACCAUCUCAAAAGACACCAGCUGGAAAAACACUCUCUAAUGGUGGAGCAGACUGUCGACCCAGAAAAUAGAGUUGAGGAGAAAAGCGAAAAACCCUGCAGUUGCUGUGUGUGUGGAAUGAUGUUUGUAUAUCCUAAAUCGCGGGACACUCAUGAACGUAAACACAUUGGAGAAGACUACUGGUGCUCAGGAUGUGGCAAGACGUUCAAAGAACGCCAGGGUCGCGAUACGCACGAGUGCAUUGUUUACAAGGGAGACCGGCCCUUCAGAUGCUCCGAGUGCAAUGAGGACUUUGAAAGACAGUACCUUCUCAAAAGACACCAGCUCGAAAAACACCCUCUUAAUGGUGGACCAGCCACAUCCCAGACAUGAUACAUUGUUUUGUAUGGUUGAAAAAAAAUAAUGACCAUGCCCAGACCUAAUUGCUCACACCCCCCUCAGCCCCUGCCUCAAACUCCACCAUUUUGUCUCUCUCCAUUGUUCAACAUUUAUUUAUGUUGUAAUACUUCUGACAGCACACUUUCUAACUCUGCCUGUAACCUUUGGAUUUUAUAGCAUUCCCAGAAGGUAUGGAUUGUCAAUUUUAAAUAUUAUUCAUUACUACAUUUAGCUAACAUUACAUAGUUUAUCUAGAGAUUCUUACCCUUGCCUUGAUUUGGCAUUCCAGAUCAUCAUGGUAUUUGUAGUUUAUGAUACACAUUAGCAACUAAUUAGCGUUUCAUUUAGGG